CAGUAUUCGAGUUCAUACGGCGGGUUUUCUCGCGCUUCCUAUGCUUUUGAAUAUCACAUACCCUUGACUGCCGGAAAAUUUUGGGAAUACCUCUACGCGACCAUGUACUUCAAAUCCACUAUCAAUUCGGAGACCAAGUCCUCGAAGGACGUGCCAGUGACGCUCUUCGCGUGCAAUGGUAAACGCUUGUUCAUGCCAAGACCGACAAACUUUGUGACGAUGGAGGCUGCUGUUCGCAAGAAGUUUCACCUCGACUCUGUCGCGGCGCUCGAGUUCACUACGAGUACCCUCGACAUCUGCCGCGGUGCCCCCGUCUUCAUAGACGAAGAUGUAUAUGAGACGAUGUCGAGCUUCCUGGACGAGAUCGUGGUGACCGUGGUCGACUCUUCUGCGCUGCCGCCACCGCAGCCUAGCCCACGAUCUGUGACGACGGCGAAGGCGACCGAGAAGAAGGUCUCGUUGCCAAAGGGGACCAUUACGGCGGGCAAGAGCGCAUCUGCUUCUCGGGAGCGAUCGGUGUUUGAGGACGACGAUGAGGAUGAGGCGCCUGCGGUUGAUGAAGAUAUACCCCCCGCGGCGGCUGAGCCAGAUGUUGUGGACGCGGAGCCCGCGUUCCCUGUACCGGAGCCUCGCGUGAAGGAACAGAGCUCGUCUCGUGGUUCGAGUCAACAAUGGGUUGAGGUCCCUCCCUCAUCAGCUGUCGUCGUCGAGGCCGAAGUCGAGGUACAAUCCUCAUCAGUGAAGACCGUCAAGGCAGAGACCGCGGCAGCCUCCUCGCCCGCGAACCUGUUCGACGAUGACGAGCCCGAAGAGCCAACACCACCCCCGCGAUCCCAGCCCUCCCCUUCUAAGUUCCGACCUGCCGCGGCGCAGAAGUCCGGCAUUCCCACUUCGUCAAAGCCGGCGUCAUCUUCGUCUCAGUCCCGGAAGCCCUCCGCGAAGACAGUGGCUGCGAAGCCCUCAUCGGGGAAGUCGAAGCCAUCGGAGGAAAGGUUCACGGUGCACAUCUCUGGCCAGUAUCCUGACCAGGAGGCGGAGUUCAAGACGCGGGGUGGGCAUUUGGUGAAGAAGGUGCUCGCCGGCGCGUGUCAGAACUUUGGAAUAGACGUGGAUGAAGCGCGUUUGUAUCAUAUCAUUCAGUACGAGGACGACAAUGGAGACAUGCUGGAGGAUGAGGUCGAGUGCGAUCCAGAGGAUACGAUGCAGAAGUGCGGCAUCGAGGCUGGUGCCAGGCUUGUCAUCAAGGUCGAGUCGGAGGAGUACGACGACGAUGAGUAGGAGGUUGCUUGCGACGAGGAAUGAGAUGCUGUGUUGUAGGCUCAUGUCAUGUAUUUGGUAUGACUAUGUGCAUUAUAUCCUGCUAGUGUUCUGUCGCGAGAGCGUCCGUGCCUAUGGUACAAGCUACUGAAAGCGUAGGCGUGUGGUGGUGAGAUGCAGUCGGAGGGUAAUAAUGUACCGUGAAAUGCUAGUGAGGUGUCG